AGACGUGAAAUCCUACAGAUGGCUCGCUGUUCGUGUGUCUUGUUAAUACAGAAGGCUAUGUUACCGUGAAGUUAAUGCGUUCUGUAAGGUCAACUUGUUCUCCCCAAUAAUUUGUUUUGACGAACCCAGUAAUAUGUUUAGAUGUUAUUAUGCGGACGCACAAAACCGUGAUUAAUAUCUAUUAAGAAAGUGUCAUAUGGUGCCGUUAAAAUAAAUCCAACAAUUAAAAGGAAGGGUGUGGUGCAGUAGAACAACCGUCAAUUUCUUUGCCGAAAAUUAAGCGAAAACUGAUUGCUUUCAUUAAGGACUAUCACUAUUCACGAACCAAGUUAGCCAAUAGUAUGGGACAUUUGUAAUGGGGGUCUGUUUAUGUCGGCAAUUAUCAACUCGUGAAUUCACAAAUAUGGCAGAGGCAAACACUACAGUAGGAUGCAAUUGUGCAACCAAGCCUUCAUCAUCUUCAACAGUUUGUGUGAUUUGCCAACCACUACUCAGCACAGAUACCCCAACCUCUGAUAUUUCGUUGUGCAAAGGAGCUGUUCCUCGUGAAAGUGUACCAAGAAGAACAUUUCGUAAUCUUUCUCUUGGUUGCCGUAAAUCAUCAAAGUCAAAAGAGAAAGCAGAAAAGUCUGGUAAAUCCAAACUCUCUUGGACUCUAAGCUGGAGACUAAAGUCUCCAAAUUCCCUUAAAGUGGAAGCCAGUGCCCCACGUGAACCUAUGAUUGAUCUUGCAAGAUUCAACCCAUCAGACUAUCCUGUUGAAGAUAAAGAUGAAGUUGCCAGAAUAGCCAGAGCUAGAGAAAUAGCAGAAGGAAUAGAAAUGGAGAUUGAGUCUCUCCCAUCUUGCUAUCGCCUACAGAGUGAUGAAGCUGAAGAAAACACAGCAGCAAAACCUCAAGUUGAGAUGGCACCUAUUGAAGCAGCUGUUGAGGAAUCUCAGUUAGAAGACAGGGUCGUAGUUGCUGCUCAGCCUAAUUUAAGUGCUUCAUUGAUAGAAGGAUUAACAGUUUUGCUUCAUCUAUCUCUUGCGAUUAGUAUGGAUUCUCAACGAGCAUGGAAUGUUUUGACACACGGAGAUUUACAUUUCCUGGUGCAACAUUUUCACUGGCAUCAACACCAACAUGGACCUCAGGGCAUGUUUACAUUAACUCCAAGAAAUGGAGAUACCGCAUCUUCAAACAUCACUACUGUUGAAUUGGAAGUUGAUGCCCAAGGAACGGAAUUCUUGCGGCAGGCUCAUACCCAAGUGGAUUAUCUUCAUUGUUUAGUCCCUGAUUUACUCAAUAUAACCAAGUGCUCUUUUUAUUGGGGGAAAAUGGACCGUUACGAAGCUGAGAGGUUACUUGAAAACCGACCUGAUGGAACAUUUCUACUAAGAGAUUCAGCACAAGAGGAAUAUCUGUUCAGUGUCAGUUUCCGCCGAUAUAACCGAUCACUUCACGCGCGUAUUGAACAAUGGAAUCAUAGAUUUAGUUUUGAUUCCCACGAUCCCGGAGUAUAUAGUUCUCCCACGAUACUGGGUUUAAUCGAUCAUUACAAGAAUCCCGAGUUGUGCAUGUUUUUCGAACCGACACUGACCUUACCUCUACACCGGAACUCGCCGUUUACGCUGCAACAUCUUAGCAGAGCAGUUAUAUGCAGCAAUAUCACUUACGACGGAGUUAAUGAACUCAAUCUACCCAGAGCUCUAAAACUUUAUUUAAAAGAAUAUCAUUAUAAACAAAGAAUUAGAGUUCGCCGUCUUGAUGGGUAAAGGAAUUAACUUUUUAUUGUCCACAGAGGACCCAUCGCGAUUGACUACGUUGUCUUCCUUUUAUUUUGGUGGUCGUUUUGUUUUUGUUUCUGAGUAUGUCCUUAUUAAGAUAGGAUUCAUUUUAACCUAUUAUAUGACCAUCUUUCGGUAUUGAAAUGUAUUAAAAUUUUUUAAAUGUUUAAUGCGCAAUUCUACACAACGUGCAACAUGCUUACUUUAUAAAACGUAUUGGUGACUUUCA